AGCGGUACUGUUGGAAUAGUUUUGCAUAAUUUGUCAAGUUGGAAAAAAUUAAUUUGAGCGACCUUCGCAUGUAGUAAUAAAAAGAUACGUCGGUAUUUGCAAAAUUAAACAAGCUCAUAGUAAAUUCAUAUUAUGUAAUGUUGGUGUGACACACAGCCAAGACUCCACACAGCGUUUUCCAAAAUUACAGGUGCGAAAGUUAUCUUUGCAGUUCACUGCUCUAGUUUUCAAAAAAGACAGUUUGGUACAACUGUUUACCCACACCGAAGGGUCGUUUUUUAUUGGAAAGUGUCAAUGGGCGAUAAACAACAAUUUUCGUAUUAUUGGCGUCUCCUGUGUGUUUCCCCUCGAUCUUGUUAAAACCCGACUGCAGAAUCAACAAAUUGGACCUAAUGGCGAACGGAUGUAUGCUUCGAUGUUCGAUUGUUUCAAGAAAACGUACAAGGCUGAAGGGUACUUCGGAAUGUAUCGGGGAUCAGCGGUAAAUAUUCUGCUGAUCACUCCCGAAAAGGCCAUUAAGUUGGCUGCCAAUGACUUCUUCCGUCAUCAUUUACAAACCAAAGAAGGCACUCUUCCAAUGUUCCGUCAAAUGGCAGCCGGUGGUUUAGCCGGCUUCUGCCAAAUAAUCAUAACCACCCCCAUGGAGCUGCUAAAAAUCCAAAUGCAGGACGCUGGUCGAGUAGCAGCAGCUGCCAAAAGCGCGGGCAAAGUUGUUCCUAAAACCACCGCCACGAAAAUAGCUUUAGACUUAUUUAAAAAACACGGAAUAUUAGGGUUAUACAAAGGCAUCGGAGCAACAAUGCUGCGAGACGUUACGUUCUCGAUAGUGUACUUCCCCCUUUUUGCAACUUUGAAUGACUUGGGGCCUAGAAAAAGCGACGGUUCUGGUGAGGCGGUGUUUUGGUGUUCUUUCCUGUCGGGAUGUGCCGCAGGGUCGUUUGCGGCCCUUUUUGUCAAUCCCUUGGACGUGGUGAAGACGCGGCUGCAGGCGCUUACUAAAGCCGAGGGCGAAAGGGCCUACAGUGGGGUUUCCGACGCAAUAAUCAAAACUAUGAAAUACGAGGGCCCCUUGGCGUUCUUCAAAGGGGGCGCGUGUCGGAUGAUUGUAAUCGCUCCGCUGUUCGGUAUCGCCCAAAUGGUGUACUAUCUAGGCGUGGCCGAGGCACUUUUAGGUAUUAAACGUUAAGAAAAUAUUUCUCAAUUUGAUGUAGCAAUUUUUUAAGUAAUAAUCGUCAUUUUAUCGUUUACUCUUGAUUAUAUUUUAUUUGAUUUUGGUUCGUUAUAGAACCCGUUGUUAUUUAAAUAAAACAUGAACACUGUCCUACGUCUUGCCUAAAACCAAAACAUAGUCAAUUAGGGCUUGAGGGAAUGGAUUGUUUUACUCAAUAAUUCGGUUUUUAGGAAUGUUAUGACAGCAUUAUUUUUAUUCAGUAUUAAUUAUGCAAUCGUUGCGUUGUACAAAUUGCAUUUUUUAUUUUUUGCAGCAAUAUUUUUACAAUUUUUAGGGCACUCGUAAACUAAACGAAAGGAUUUUUCGAAUUUGUAACAUUUUAAAUUUACCCAGUUUUGAGUUAAUUUGAAGUUACAAAACUGACAAAACGAAAAUUUUUUUCGUUAAGUUUAAUUGAGUGUUUUUGCUUUAUUUUUCUACAAAGAUUCGUGCUGUUAUCUAGUGAACGACAAUAUACAAUUUUAGCUUAUAGAUUCUUAGGAUUUAGAUAGAGACCUACCAUUGGCUUAAAAUCAUAAAACAAAUAUCACACAAAGUAAUAUUUAUUGUUUAAACUUUUAUUUUUAUAUUCAGUUUCCCCAGAGAUGAUAUUAAAGUACAGUAGUUGUUCGUUGUUGUAAGAACCGAUUGUGUGGCAUUCCAUUUAUUUUUGUCAACUUUUGAAAUGUUCAUACAGUCGGUUGGAAUUCCUCUAUGUAAGUUCAAAUAUUGUAAAGUUCAGGAAUAAAGAUGCUGUAAAAAAACAA